AUGGAAACGGACCCAGAACCAGCACCGCCGCCUCCCAAGAAGAAGUUGGCGGUGCGGAUCUCCAAGGAUUUGGAAGGGUUGCUUGCAUUGGCCGCCUCCAAAAAGGUUGAGGCUGCCACCAAGGAAAACGCAGCCCUGGUCUCCAACGAAGAAAAGAAGAAGGCUGUUUCACAACAGACGUCCAAACCUUACCACGAGACGCCGGGAACGAUCUCGCCGCCCUCCUCAAGGGGGGGACCUCGUUCGCCGAGCCACAACGCAGCAGCGCUGUCUGCUCCGCUCCCCGAUUCUGAAGAUGAGAGCUCGACCGCCCCUCAGCCACGCGGACGAAGCGGGAAACAGAAGAGGAGGGCAACGGCCGCGACGUCCGCUGUUCGCAGCUCGCCGAUCGAGAAGAGGGCCAAGCAAGAUUUCGCCCCUGACGCCGAUGGUUUUGUCCCGGCCCGGCGAACUGCAAGACGCGUGCAGUCUUCGACGACGCUUCCAACUGCCGUCGCCAACUCAUUCGACGCGCUCGCUGACGCGCCAGACCAGCUGCCUCGCGAUCCUGCGCCGAAGAAAGACUGCCAUCUUCCGCCGGUGGUCCUCCAGUUUCGGCCGCCCUAUGGGGAACUGCAGAAGUUGUUGCGCAGCUGGACAACGGCCGUGUACACCGUGAAGCCUGCCGGGCGUGACCCGUACAGGGUCACACUCCGCACUGCUGACGAUUAUCGCCGGGUCACUCAGGAGGCGUCUGAGCGUGUUAUCGUGGAUGUGAGGUGUGGAAGCGUGCCAUCGCCCGCCAACGUGGACACACACCAGCGCCACGUCCGAAGAAGCCGGCGACGAGACGGCCCGGCGUCUCUUUCGCGGCGGCAACGUCAGGGGCGCCCUCCGCCGUCCCGGCUGCGUCGGCUGCUCCUGCCCCUGCCGCAUCCGAGGCCGUGCCGACACCUGAGGCUCCUGCGCCUCCACCACAGCUGCUAG